CGCUGCGGGGAGGCGUAAAUGGGCGUGGCGCUGCACGUAGUUCUGUGCAAGUGACUUUUCUUUUCGUUGUGUUGAUACCGCCAGUGUUUGUCAAAACUCUCUUCUGCUCUGUGUAGGUUUGUGACAAACCUAGAUUUCCAAAAUGAAUAAAGAUGCCCAGAUGAGAGCAACCAUUAACCAAAAGCUAAUAGAAACAGGAGAGCGAGAGCGCCUUAAAGAGUUGCUGAGAGCCAAAUUAAUUGAAUGCGGCUGGAAAGAUCAGUUGAAGGCACACUGCAAAGAUGUCAUUAAAGAAAAAGGAUUAGAGCAUGUUACUGUUGAUGAUUUGGUGGCAGAAAUCACUCCCAAAGGCAGAGCCCUGGUACCAGACAGUGUAAAGAAAGAACUCUUGCAAAGAAUAAGAACCUUCCUUGCGCAGCAUGCCAGUCUUUAACUUUGACGUUCAGCUGGGAUACAGUGUCUCUCUUUCUGUAUUAUGUCAAUCAUGUCAGGAUUGGAAUGCAGUUUCCAUACUUAAGGAUGGAAAAUCUUUUUUUUUUUUUUUUUUGGAUGAUGAGUUGACGUUUCUUUGCAUUGCAUCAAUUUCUUAAACUUGGUGUUAUUUUAAUAAAAAAUUUUGUGGACUUGUG